AGAAGGACAAAAACGACACUUCCGGGAAGAUGGCGGGGCACAAGUCAGAUCUGGCACGUGUUUCCGCGGAGAGGACCCUGCAGUAACGGGCAUAUCGUUUCAAAUUGCUGCUACAGGGAUAGGCUGUGGUAAGACUUCACGGCAGAAAGCAUAAAGAGCUGUGAGAGACUGAGGAGUGUAGUGAUUAAGACCACCAGUUCUGGAAUGCCUGAGAUCUCGGAUCCACCACCUACCAGUUAUUUGAUUUGGGGAUGAUGGUGACCUCCUCUUCUCUAAUGAGGGCCUGAGGACAGUGACUCUUCUCACCAUGAGUGUCACCCCGGAGGUCAAGAGUCGUGGGAUGAAGUUUGCUGAGGAGCAGCUGCUAAAGCACGGAUGGACUCAAGGCAAAGGCCUGGGCCGGAAGGAGAAUGGCAUCACCCAGGCCCUCAGGGUGACACUGAAGCAGGACAAUCAUGGGGUGGGACACGACCCUGCCAAGGAGUUCACAAACCACUGGUGGAAUGAGCUCUUCAACAGGACUGCGGCCAGCCUGGUAGUGGAAACUAGGGAGGAUGGAGUACAGAUAAGGCGCCUUUCUAAGGAGACCACCCAUCGUAAUCAUCCCAAGCCCAACUUGCUGUAUCAGAAGUUUGUGAAGACGGCCACACUGACUUCAGGUGGGGAGAAGCCAGACAAGGACUCGGAGAGCUGCAGUGAUGACGACAACCGGGGGCCCGAGCCUCCAAAGAUUCUGACCGAUGAGAUGCUGCUCCAGGCCUGUGAGGGGCGAACAGCACACAAGGCUGCCCGUCAUGGGAUCACGAUGAAGGCUAAACUUGCUCGGUUAGAGGCCCAGGAGCAGGCCUUCCUGGCUCAUCUCAAAGGCCAGCACCUUGGGACUCCUCACCUGCAGUCUGAGAGCAAGCCCCCCCAAAAAAAGAAAAAGAAAAGGAAGCAGAAGGAGGAGGAAGAGGCUACAGCAACUGAAAGGAAUGCAGAAGAAGAGUACCCAGAACACACUGAUCAGAGCAUCAGGAAAAGCAAGAAGAAAAGACAUCAUCAAGAAAAGGUCUCAGAGGAGAGAGAGGGAACAACCAUAGGGAAUGAGGAAGAAGAGGACGCAGGAGCAAGUGGGCCUGGGGAAUUGAAGAGCAGAGAACAUCAGUCUAUCAGGAAAAGGAAGAAGAAGCAGCACCAUGAAGAGGAGGAGGAAAAGGCUGCAGGUGCGGUCAGGACAGAGGAGGAAGAGAGCAGAGCAUACCCUGACCCACAUAGCACAGGCAAGAAGAGGCGGCAGCAUGAGGAGGAGGCGGCUGUUACAGGUGGUGGGACCAGGGAAGCAGAAGGCAGAGCACGUGGCGAUCGGAAAAGCAGGAGAAGUAAGAAGAAAAGACAGCGGCAUCAGGAGGAGGAGAUCUUGGAUGUAAGGGAUGAAGGAGAUGAGGAGGAUGGCAGGACUGGGGAAGUGGAGAGCACUAGCUCAAGCAGCAGAAGUAAGAAGAGGCGGUGGCAGCAGCCAGAGGAAAGAGCUGGAGGCAGCACUGACCAGAGAGCAAAAAAGAAGAAACAGAAGAAGAGAGACUGACAGUCAGGUCAAGGUGGGGCUCAAUCGAUUCCUCUUCAGGAGUUGAAGCCUCAGAGACCUGAGUCGGUGCAGGCCUUCUGCACCCUCGGGGAGGAGUCCCUCCCAGGGAGGAAACAGCUCAGGAACACCAGUCACCAUGCCUUAGGUGAGGGAACGGGCAGGGUCCCCUCUGCAGCUUCUAACCCAGAGAGCGUCAACUCAAGUGCCUAUUUCAGGGCUGCCCAUCUUGGGAUCACAAGGAAGGCUAAGCUUGCUCGGUUAGAGGCCCAGGAGCAGGCCUUCCUGGCUUACCUUGGCAGCCAAGGGACAAGGAGUGCUUAGGGCUGUGGGAACAGAAAUGCAGAUACCCUUUGAAGGGGGAUCCUUGCUAUAAGAAGCUGAAAAUGUAGACUUAUGUGAAAUGUAAUGGUAUCUAAAUAUUGUGAAGGCUAAGAAAAACAUACACAUUUAGGUCUCUGGGCUGCAUUCAUCCCAUAGGUUGCCAGUUUCUAACACUAUACCAAAUGAUUGCAUAAACAUCAGCUUGGGCUCCUGUCUAUAAUAAAGUCCUGACUGGCAUCUCCAUUUCCCAGUCUGGGAACAUCCUGAAUACAAA